AUAAAGAGUCUCUCAAUUUUAAAGAAAACGUCUACUAUUGGUUAUUAAGCUCGUAUGAUUCUCACGAGCCAAAUAUCGUCUGACAAAUAAAUAGCGCAACUGGAGCACUGGAUCAGUAUUACGUAUAUAGUGAGCCUGUGAAAUUUACAACAAAUAACAUCGUUAUCUGAAUACAUCGUGAAGUCAUGGUAGAACCAGCGCAGUACAGUUUAUAUGAUAAUGAAUGCAAAAAAAAUGUAUCAUCUUUACUCAAUGAGUUCGCAAAAGAACUAAAAAAUAUAUCUGGAAAAUGUAUGGAUAUUGGUUCUGGCCCCGGAGAUAUAACGAAGGAGAUUCUUCUUCCAUUUCUUGAUUCAAACGCGACAAUAAUUGGUAUAGAUAUUAUGGAGAAAAUGGUUAAAUAUGCGAACGAAACGUACGGUGAUGGCAAACGACUCAAAUUCGAAGUGCUAGAUAUUCAAACUAAAAGUUUGCCCGAGAAAUACAUUUCGAAAUUCGAUCAUAUAUUCUCAUUUCAUACUUUACAAUGGUGUAAUGACAUUCGCCAAAUUUUUAAAAAUAUUUAUUGUAUGCUUCGACCUGGUAAAACUAUGCUUAUAUUAAGCAUAGGGCAUCACAGAAUGCUUUUUGAACCUCUGAAAGUUAUAAUGCAAGAUGUGCGAUAUGCAUCAUACAUGAAGGACAAAAGCAAAUAUACUGGGUUUCACGAUUCAGUCCAACCUGAUAAAGAGCUGAAAGAAAUACUUGAAAAUAUCGGAUUUCAAGUUCAACAUUGCAGUCAUCGAGAGAUAAACAGUUUCCUGAGUGCAAAAAAGUUUGUAUCCAUGGUUAUCUCACAGCACAGUUUUGCAUUUUUGGAGCAGUUGCCGCAUAAUCUAAGGAUAGAAUUCCAGAGUGAAUACACACGUAUAUGCAAGGAAAUUCAAGAUAAUGAAUACAAAAGUAAACAAACUAAUGAUGAGCUACAUGACGAUAAGAAAAAGAAGGAUCCUCUUAACUAUACUGUGCUAGUAGUUUAUGCACAGAAGAAUGUUUUAUAAUUGUAUCAGUCUAUGGUGGAAGUUAAUCUAUUAUGGAAGAAAAAAAAUCGCACGCAAACUAUAAGCAGCGUUAUUUUCAGAUAUAUUAAAAUAUCUUAAAUAAAGAAAAAAAUGCAGUUUUAAAAAUUAAAAUAAAAAGUGUCUCUCUCCAACUCUGACAUCACAGUCUCUAUUACAUCACAAUCUCUAUUAUGCAUAAUUACAUAUACACACAUCUUUGUUGCAUGCGAAAUAAGAAAAGGUUUAAAA